UUUUAUACAUUUGUUACUUCUAUUUUAUAAUUACAAGGCAGUGUGUGUUAAUUUUGAUUUAUUCUCUACUUACCUUAGGUUCUUAGGUUAAGCUUAAUACUCAAGUGUGACUAAAUUUUGAACUGAAUCAUCAAACUGUUGAUAAAUCAGUAAAAUUGGAAAUUAAGACUAUGUUUUAAAUAGUGUAUAUAAAAUAUAUUUAUUCUACUGCUGCUAUGGAUGAAGAUACUAAUGAAUUCAGUUCAUCAAAAUUUGCUAUAGAAAAUAAAGAAAAAAUUGAAAUAUUGUUAAAAGCAACUGGUAAUGCACCUAUUCUUAAGACAAAAAAAUGGAUGGUUGAAAAAGAAAAAACGGUUGCUGCCAUUAUUGAGUUUUUACGAAAACUUUUAAAAAUGGAAUCUUCUGAAACUUUGUUCUUAUAUGUAAAUCAAGCAUUUGCACCACAACCAGAUCAAACAAUGAAAAAUUUAUUUGAUUGUUACAACACAGAUGGUCGUCUUGUAUUGCAUUAUUGUAAAACCCAAGCUUGGGGAUAA